AUGCUGAUAGGACAUAAUCGACGACUCUUUAUCGUGUACGCCUCCUUGGCUAGUUUAUGGGUAUUUUUGUUCCAGAUCUGCAGACUCUACACCUUCUCCGACCCUUCUUCUUUCUUUUAUGACUCGGGCCGAGCGUACGAGACGCGAUACAGUGCUAUUCGGCAACGGCAAGCUGAUGAACUACUCAACGUUGCAGAACACUUUCCCGUGGAAGAGCUAGCGAAGCUCCCCCUUUUCAACAAAAUCGCCGAAGCAAUACCACGAAGCUCAGAGAAGCGUAUCUGUGUCGGCAUCCCGAGUGUCACGCGAGAGCGAGAGCAGUUCCUGCCCCGAGCCGUGGCCUCGCUUGUCCAAGAUCUCAGUCUUGAACAAAGACAGGCGAUACAGAUCGUCGUACUACUGGCCGAUGAUCAUCCAGUAUCCCACCCCGCCUUCGGGAAACGUUGGCUUGACCGCUUAGCAGAUGAGGUCCUCGUCUACGGCAAUAUCUCGACAGCCGACGCCCCCAAGCGAUACCGUACUGUCGCGUCGGAUCACAGCCAUGAGCUCUCCCGAAACGACCGAGUCCACCGCGACUACGCUACAUUGAUGGCAGCCUGCCAAGAACAAAAGACACCGUACUUUGCUUUGGUUGAGGACGAUAUCAUUGCCGCGCACAAUUGGCUAGGGCGAUUAUCUACUGCCUUGGAUAAGCUCAAACGAACCGAAGACGUUAAGAACUGGCUGUACUUGCGACUGUUCUAUUCCGAGACAUACAUGGGCUGGAACACAGAGGAGUGGCCAACCUACCUCGCCAACUCGAUAUGGGUUUACUGUAUCGUCCUAGCGUUCUACCUCCUGGUAGUGGCUAUAGAAACACGACGCAGAUCUCAGACCUUCCAUCCAAAGUCCACUAUCUGGGCCUUGCCACAUCUGACAUUCUGGACAGCGUCCUUCAUCCUGUUAUACUUCCUCGCCGGCCGUCUCACAGUCAAUCCGUAUCCAACAGGCGUACAUGAGAUGCCAAACUACGGGUGUUGUGCACAGGGUCUUGUAAUUCCUCGGCAACACCUUGACGAGCUUGGUGUCGCUCUGAACACCGCGUCUGAUGCUAUUGCUGGCGAUUCGCUCAUAGAAGAUUUCGCGGAUAGUCACCAUCUGAAGAAGUAUGCUAUCACACCAAGUGUACUGCAGCACGUUGGAAGGUUGGGAUCCUCGGAUGUUGGAGGGACACGGAAGGUUACCUGGAACUUUAGCUUCGAGAAGACUAGCGCCAGGAGACCACGGUAG